CCACAGCUCCCCUUUGUGGAUGGCCUGUACCACUUUUAUCACAAUGGCCUUGCGAAGGCUAAAAGGAGACGCAGCCUACACCACAAGCAGCAGCUGGAGAGAGACCCUAGGGUAAAGAUGGCCUUGCAACAGGAAGGAUUUGAUCGAAAAAAGAGAGGGUACAGAGACAUCAAUGAAAUUGACAUCAACAUGAAUGAUCCCCUGUUCACAAAGCAGUGGUAUCUGAUCAACACCGGGCAAGCUGAUGGCACUCCUGGGCUUGAUUUGAAUGUGGCAGAAGCCUGGGAGCUGGGAUACACGGGCAAAGGUGUGACCAUUGGAAUUAUGGAUGAUGGAAUCGACUAUCUCCACCCAGACCUGGCCUCCAAUUAUAAUGCCGAGGCAAGUUAUGACUUCAGCAGCAAUGACCCCUAUCCAUACCCUCGGUACACUGAUGACUGGUUUAACAGCCAUGGAACCCGAUGUGCAGGAGAAGUUUCAGCUGCAGCCAACAACAAUAUCUGUGGAGUUGGGGUAGCGUACAACUCCAAGGUGGCAGGUAUCCGGAUGCUGGACCAGCCAUUUAUGACAGACAUCAUUGAGGCCUCCUCCAUCAGCCACAUGCCUCAACUGAUCGACAUCUACAGUGCCAGCUGGGGCCCCACAGACAACGGGAAGACAGUGGACGGGCCCCGAGAGCUCACGCUUCAGGCCAUGGCCGACGGUGUGAACAAGGGCCGAGGAGGCAAAGGCAGCAUCUACGUGUGGGCCUCCGGGGAUGGUGGCAGCUAUGAUGACUGCAACUGUGAUGGCUACGCCUCCAGCAUGUGGACCAUCUCCAUCAAUUCAGCCAUCAACGAUGGCAGGACUGCGCUGUAUGAUGAGAGUUGUUCCUCCACCUUGGCAUCUACCUUCAGCAAUGGGAGGAAGAGAAACCCCGAGGCUGGUGUGGCCACCACAGAUUUGUAUGGCAACUGCACUCUGAGGCAUUCUGGGACAUCUGCCGCUGCUCCUGAAGCAGCUGGGGUGUUUGCACUGGCUUUAGAGGCUAAUCUGGGUCUGACCUGGAGAGACAUGCAGCAUCUGACCGUGCUCACCUCCAAACGGAACCAGCUUCAUGACGAGGUCCAUCAGUGGCGGCGGAAUGGAGUGGGACUGGAGUUUAAUCAUCUCUUUGGUUACGGAGUCCUCGAUGCAGGCGCCAUGGUGAAAAUGGCUAAAGACUGGAAAACUGUGCCUGAAAGAUUCCAUUGUGUGGGAGGCUCCGUCCAGGACCCUGAGAAAAUUCCACCCACGGGCAAGUUGGUGCUGACCCUCAGCACAGAUGCAUGUGAAGGAAAGGAAAAUUUUGUCCGCUACCUGGAGCACGUCCAAGCUGUCAUCACGGUCAAUGCCACCAGGAGAGGGGACCUGAACAUCAACAUGACUUCCCCUAUGGGCACCAAGUCGAUUUUGCUAAGCCGGCGUCCUAGGGAUGAUGACUCCAAAGUGGGCUUUGACAAGUGGCCUUUUAUGACCACCCACACUUGGGGAGAAGAUGCCCGAGGAACCUGGACCCUGGAGCUGGGGUUUGUGGGCAGUGCACCUCAGAAGGGGGUGCUGAAGGAAUGGACUCUGAUGCUACAUGGUACACAGAGUGCCCCGUAUAUUGACCAAGUGGUAAGAGAUUACCAGUCAAAGCUGGCCAUGUCCAAGAAGCAAGAGCUAGAGGAAGAGCUGGAUGAAGCUGUGGAGAGAAGCCUGAAAAGUAUUCUAAGCAAAAACUAGGGCCACAUUUCUGCCUCCAUGGUCUCCCUCCCUCUCUGUCUCUGCCUCUGUCCUCACCCAGUGUUUCCAGCAGGUACCUAGCAAUUACUGUCACCCCCACACACCGGCAAUGCCAUCUUCUUAAUCAACCACUUUGCUCACUGUCAGUGAUUAUUUUCAUUACAAUGGAAGUGAUCUUUUUUAUUCUAUGCCCCAAAUAUAGUGUUUCCCCCAUAACA